AUGCACGCCAAACAUGGCUCGGCCUGGGCAGACGAGCCGCGGCCGGCCCUGGUCCUGCAGAUCCUCGCCGUCAACUUUGGCCUCCCGAUUUUGUACCUCGCGGUUCCUCACGCCGCACGGCCGUGGCUCUACCGCGCGCGUCUGCUGGUCGCGGGUGCCGUGGCCUUGCUCAACGUGGUCAUGGCUCGCCGCACGGCGCCCCAGAAUCUCGCUGUCGCCUACGCCGUAGGUCUUGUCGCCUCGUGGGGCACCAUCUGGGUCUUUGCCGCCCUCGUGUUUUUGCGGCCCCAGUUUGAUGCCGAAAGGGUCGAGAGGCGACUGAGGCCACCGCGGCCCUCGUCUUCCUCGUCUUCCCCCAUCUCAGCCAGACGCGUCUCGAGCGGCAUCAUGGUGGCCCCGCCACCCGCUGACCUGGCCUCGUCUCCUGUCGCGUGCUCGACGGCCCUGGCCUCGUUCUCGACAGCCAUGUCCGUGACCAACGGCCACGCUUCCAACGGCCAUGCCUUGAAUGGCCACGCUGCUGCCAACGGCCCGAGCCCCGUGCUCAAGUCCCGGCGCCGCAAGUCUGUGCGCUUCGUGGUGCCCCCGGAUGACGAUGUUGCCCGCGCCCUUGUUGAGUACGAUUACUUUUGGCAGGCUUUCCCGGCAGAUGCCCCUUUCGUGACACGCCUGGGCUGGGCCUUUGACUACUACAUGGCCUGGAGAGGCACGGGCUGGAACUGGGCCAUAUCUUGCCUCCCGAAAUUCGACCGUCCUGCUGAGCCCCUUUCUGGGGAGCUGGUCAAGCUCGACUCCAUCCCUCUAGUUUCGCAUGCAGGGCAUUGGCGCCACGCUAAAAACGACGAGUUCUUCCGGGCUCGUCUCUGCAACAUCGCCAUAGCCUACUUGGUCCUGGACUUCUGCGCCGUCUUUAUGACCAAAGACGGGUAUUUCAACACGGGCCUCCACGACUCGCCACCGCCCCUAUAUCUGUCCUCCAUGUUUCCGGCCCUCCCACCAUCGGUCCUCUACAUUUACCGAAUGAUCCUGGGGUUUCUCGGCAUGCUGUCCGCACUCACUGCUGUGUUUUCAGCCGACCAGCUUCUCCGUCGGCGGCUGGCCCGCGCCUUUGCCGGCGGCGUCAGCAGCGACCUGUGGCAGUACCCGGACAACUUCGGCUCCUUCGACCAGCUGCUCGACCACGGCCUCGCCGGCUUCUGGGGCCGUGGCUGA